CCUUAUAACGAUUAUCUAUCGAUAAUCAUUACGAUAUAUCGAAUAACCAUAUCGAUUGUGAAUGUGAAAUAUUUUUUACCUUUUCUUUUUUAAUUUCAUUUCAUUAAAUGUGUUUAAAUUGUGAUCUACUUAUCUGUUAAUAAAGUCAUGAGGCCUCAGUUUCGGGCAUUGAACUUAGUGGCUUUAUGGGUGUUGAUCACCAUCUUACCACAAACAAGCACACAAACCUUCGACCCUGUAUCGUCUUUCCUAAACUUUCUGAAUGAAGGUAGCCGGAAUUUCGACAAUGAACCGCCUGAUCAAGCCAAUCUUUUCUCAGAGUACGACUUUAUAGUCGUUGGAGCAGGAACAGCAGGAUGUGUCAUUGCGAAUAGACUAACGGAAAUAUCCAAAUGGAAAGUAUUACUUAUUGAAGCUGGAGUUAAUGAAAAUUUUGUCAUGGAUAUUCCUCUUGUAGCUAACUAUCUACAAUUCACACCCGCAAAUUGGAGAUAUAAAACUAAACCUUCAAAUAAGUACUGUGCUGGUUUUGAGAACCAACAAUGUAACUGGCCACGUGGAAAAGUUGUUGGUGGCUCUAGCGUGUUAAAUUACAUGAUUUACACAAGAGGAAUGCAAGCUGAUUACGACAGGUGGAAGAAGAUGGGCAAUGAAGGUUGGGGAUGGGAUGACGUAUUGCCUUACUUCAAAAAAAUUGAAAAUUUUGGUAUAAAAAAAUUUGAUAAUGAAGCAUAUCACGGAUACGACGGAUAUCUCAGUAUAGAACAUGCACCUUAUCGUACAACAAAAGCCAAGGCAUGGGUAAAAGCAGCCCAGCAGUUUGGAUUUAAAUACGGCGAUCAUAAUGGGCCAAAUCCUUCAGGCGUAUCUUAUUUGCAACUAUCAAUGAAAAAUGGAACUAGGCAUAGCUCAAGCAGAGCUUAUUUACAUCCAAUUCGCAAAAGAAAUAAUCUUUAUCUCAGCAAAGGUAGUAUGGUCACUAAACUUCUCUUUGAUGACACUAAAACAAAAAUAAUAGGUGUAGAAUUAGAAAAACACAACAUAAAACAUAAAAUAUUGGCAAAUAAAGAAGUAAUCGUAACAGCUGGAGCAAUUAAUUCGCCACAGCUUUUAAUGUUAUCUGGAAUUGGACCUAAAGAUCAUUUAGAAUCAUUAAAUAUACCAAUCGUCCAAGAUUUGCCCGUUGGAUACAAUUUAAUGGAUCAUAUUGCCGCAGGAGGAUUACAAUUUACAGUGAAUCCGCAAAAUACAUCAGUGAGUACUGAAUUCAUACUUAAUCAUUUAGAAUUAGUAUUUAAAUGGAUGCGAACCCAUAAAGGACCGAUGUCAAUACCUGGGGGAUGUGAGGCGUUAGUUUUUAUGGAUUUAAAUGAUAAAUUUAAUCCUUUAGGUUGGCCAGAUCUAGAAUUGCUAUUUAUUGCUGGAGGUUUGAACUCUGAUCCAAUGCUGCCACGUAAUUUUGGAUUCGACGAACAAAUUUUUACAGAUACAUAUGGUCCAUUACAGAAUGCAGAAACAUUUAUGGUGUUCCCAAUGUUAAUGCGUCCAAAAUCUAAAGGAAGGAUCUUAUUGGAAAGUAGGAAUCCUAAAGUACACCCGACAAUAAUUCCGAAUUAUUUCGAAUAUAAAGAAGAUCUACAAAAAAUUGUGGAAGGAAUCAAAGUGGCCAUAAAUAUAACAAGACAACCUGCAUUAAGAAAACUCGGUACAAAGUUGUAUGACGUGCCUAUUGAAGAGUGUCUUAAAUAUGGACCGUUCGGAAGUGAUGAAUAUUUUGAAUGCCAGGCUCAGAUGUUUACUUUUACUAUUUACCACCAGAGUGGUACGUGUAAAAUGGGAGAUAAGAACGAUCCAUCAGCUGUUGUAAACGAAAGAUUAAAAGUUCAUGGUAUAAAGAAUCUAAGAGUAAUCGAUGCUAGUAUCAUGCCAGAAAUAGUAUCGAGCCAUACAAACGCCCCAGUAUUCAUGAUUGCUGAAAAAGGUUCAGAUAUGAUAAAACAGGAUUGGGGAAUCUUACAAUAGACUUAUUUAGGAACUAAUGCCAUUGAAUCUGUGAUGUUAAAUAGGUAAUUAAAACAAUCUUAUUAUUUAUUUAGUAAAUAUAGGAAUUUACAAAUGUUAAAUAGAUGUACAUAAAAUGAGGUAAAGAUACUUGUAUUAGCUAAACAUGAAAAUAAAAGAGCACAGAUGUUAUAUUAUCGUAAAGCAAAAUGAAUAAGAUUCCGACGGAACUAGUUAUUUCUAGAGAAUACGAAAACUGUAACAAAUUUCGAAAUCGAAGUUCUUUAAUAUGAUUAUUACACUCACUUUUACAGCUGUAUACUGCGACUAGGCUCGCUGAAGUAGGAUAUACAAUAUUCUGUUUGUUAACCUAGACCACGGUUUUAUUUUUUGUAAUUGGUUCACCUUUUUAACGUUAUUCAUGAAUAAUAAACAUACAAACUU